AUGACCGACACGUGUAACUUGUGGAGGGAUGGAUAUGUCAUUAAAGAUACGUACGAAAGUAUGGUAACCAUUCCAGAACUGUAUGGCAAGCGACAGGAUGCGUUCAUAGAUUUUGUGCAACCAGGUAGUUGGAUUCAUCUUGCUCCGCUAAUGGUUGGGAAUUGGGGGUGGAAUGUAGAUCAGAGCAAAUUGCAGCUUGCACUUUGGGCGAUUUUAAGCGCGCCAAUAUUGAUGUCGGCUGAUUUGAAGCAAAUUCCACCCCAAUACCGAGAUCUUUUAUUAAACAAGGAAGUUAUUGCAAUUAAUCAGGAUAAGUUGGGCAUCGCCGGUAUGAUAGUGGAAACGAUUAAGGAAAUUCAUGUCUGGAUGAAGCCUGUUGAACCAAUUGUAGGGAAACAGCACUCAUUUGCAGUCGCUUUUCAAAAUAUGCGAACGUAUGAGAAUUUUGUUAAACUCCCAGCAGAAAGGAUAGGACUGAUCAGUAAGUGUGGAUAUACUGUAAGAAACUUAUUUCAAGCUCCCUCUGAUAAUCAAAGCAUAAAAGUGUUGGAGCAAUUAGAAUUUAUGAUACCACCAAUGGGUGUUGUGUUAUUCAAAUUGUCCCCAAUUUGUGCACCAAGUGGCGUCUAUGAUUACGCAUAG